CGCCAUCGCGCAGGCGCGUCUAGCGAGAUACUGCGGGACACUCAAGUGUCGAAAGAGCAGCGCCAGAACGUCCAUUUGAAGUACUAACACAUUGCCAACAACUACGAUACCAGCAAUGCCUUCCGCACUCAGCUCAGGCCUCGCAGCCGCGGAAAGACAUGAUGACCUAGACAAUUACGACGCCGACAACUUCUCCGACGAUCCUUUCGGGUCACCACCCCCAACCGCAUCUACGAAGAAACGAAAGGAGCCCGAGUCUGGCCUUGGAAUUGACAAGGAGGUCUCUGUGCAGAAGCGAGCACGAGUCCCCAACGUCAAGCUUGACGAGGAGAGGUUGCUCAGCGAAAAUGGCAUCCCCAAGUUAAGGACCAGGGCCCGCGACCUCAAGAUCAAGGGCAAGGGCCACGAAUUUUCCGACGCCGGUCGCUUGCUAUCCUUCUACCAACUUUGGCUGGAUGACCUCUUCCCCAAGGCCAAGUUCCUCGACGCCCUCGGUAUGGUGGAGAAGGCAGGACACAAAAAGCGAAUCAUGAUCGCACGAAACGACUUCAUCAACGAAGGGAAGCCCAAGGACGCAGAGGACAGGGAGCAAGACGAGGAUGAUGACGCCACGGGCCUCAUUGCAGGUCUCGGAGACUCUGACCGAGGUACCGCAGCAGCCGCAGCAACGCAAAGGCCGAAAACACCAGCGAGAGAUCCCGAUAUCCCCGAUGAUGACGAUCUCUAUGAUGCAACCCCACGGGCUUCUCGGCCAAUAGUCCCUAUCCUUAACGAUCAACCUGAAGAAGACGACAUGGAGGCCUUGAUUGCCGAAGCCGAGGGCCAAGAUCGAGCAAGGAAUGCGAAGCCGGCGGGGCUAGAGCCAGACGAGGAUGAUUUGGAUGCACUGAUGGCUGAAGCCGAAGGACAAGACCAACCACGGCAAGCUGCGCCAGAGACGAGGAGCAGUGGAGAAAAUAUGAGCAACGAUUUCGACGAUGACGAGGCUGCUCUACAAGAGAUGGAAGGACUAUGGUAAUCAACUAAAGAAAGGAUCGUGUACCAUACAUACAUGCGUGGCGUUUGGCGUUAGUAGAAAAGUCUUGCGUGUUGCCACUCUUACAAAUUAGGUGUUCACUAUCACGACUAUAGAAUAGGCGCGCAUGUCACAGACAGGGUAGUUUGCGUGAAAAUAUUCUUUGAAUCAAGAUCAACAUGCU